UGAUAAAUUAUCCACUCCAACCAAUUAAACUUUGCCAUUUAUAAAGUUGUCCCUUUUGGAAAUUGCAGUAGCAGUUUGAUGAAUUUGGUAUCAUUUUAAGAACCCAAAAAAGGAAUUUUCUCAAAAGACGAAUUUACUAGAACAGUAGUUGCUUAGAUAAUUCCAAUUUGUUGUGCUUUUUAGAAUUGAAACAAGAAAAUGGGAGCAUGUGGAUCAAAAGCUAGAAGGUGCAUUGGAAUGAGUGAUCUUCAUAGGAAGAAACAUCAAGGAGGGAGGAACUCUGUAUCUCACAAGCUCAAUAAGAUUGAACCCUCUGCUUCUAAGAAUAUUUCUUGCUCCAGUUCUUUAUCCAAAGGAAAUGGAGAAUUUGACCCAGAGGUGAUGAUUGAAUCGGAAAGUAGCAAUGAUUUUCAUAGCGCGCAAGAUGUGUUUUCACAGAGUGGCAGUGGAUCUUUUUCAACUGCGAUUUCUCCAAGGUUUUAUGAUACUGUUUGUUGCAACAGUAAUGCGGCUUUUGACUCUGCAGUAAAACAUGAACAAUCAUUUGCAAAUGCAGAACCAAAUAUUAUCAGAGAUGACUAUGGUUUCACUCUUGACAAAGUGUCUAGCAGAAACAUGGACAGAAAUGCUGCGAGAGCUGAAGGAGUUAGGCUUGAAAAGAGAAAAUCUGCAAUCCCAAGCUCACCAGGCACCAGAAGGAAAUCAUCUCUAACCAAAAUAUUAUCUUUUAAACGGAGAGAAGCCUAUUCAAAUUCUGCAUCGUUGUCGUCAAAGGCCUCUCUGCGAAGACUGGUCGCUGGUUCUCAAGUUCCAUGCAGCCCGCGGCGGACUAAACUGCCCAACUCUUGGUCAUCAAUUGAGCCAAAUACUUUCAGAGUUCGUGGUAAAAGAUACAUUAGGGACAAGAAGAAAGAGUUUGCUCCAAACCAUGCUGCAUUUUAUCCUUUUGGGGUUGAUGUAUUCUUAUCACCACGUAAAAUUGAUCACAUUGCACGUUUUGUGGAACUUCCAGCCGUUGAUUCAUCUGGAGUAGUUCCUCCAAUCCUUGUAGUAAAUCUUCAGAUACCAUCGUACCCUCCCACAAUCUUCCAAAAUGAACACAACGGGGAAGGCAUGAGUUUUGUUUUCUACUUCAAGCUCUCAGAAAAUUACUCAAAAGAACUUCCAGUCCAUUUUCAAGAGAAUAUCCAGAGGUUAAUUCGUGGUGAAAUAGAGAAGAUCAGAGGUUUUCCUGUAGAUAAAAAUGUAACCUUCCGGGACAGAUUGAAAUUCUUGGCACGAGUUGUAAACAUAGAGGAUCUUCAGUUAAGUGCAGCUGAGCAAAAGCUCAUGAACGCUUACAAUGAAAAGCCUGUGCUCUCACGUCCUCAACACGAAUUUUAUUUGGGAAAAAACUAUUUUGAGAUUGAUUUUGACAUUCAUAGAUUCAGUUAUAUUGCCAGAAAAGGAUUGGAAUCUUGUAAAGACAGAUUAAAGAAGUUUGUCCUUGAUUUUGGUCUGACAAUUCAGGGAAACAAGGCAGAGGACUUGCCAGAAAAUAUGUUAUGCUGUAUUAGAUUGAAAGAGAUAGAUUACACCAAUUAUCAGCAGCUAGGCUUCUGAAUUAAGUACACGGCUCGACAUGGUGAACCUAUAUGACAGGGCAUUUCAUUCUUGAAACCUUUACUUUGGCUAUAAUAAGAAGGAAAUAGAAAAUCUCUUACGGUUACUAUUAGAAGUUAGAGCAUAAGCUGAGGAACUCGAAACAGGCUCCUAGCAAUAGGGGUAAAGGGAAUUGGCAAAGCAAAAGAGUCCUCUUAACAUUUAUU